AUGCCUGGUGGACUACACCCUCCCCCGGAGGUCAUUGCAAGCUGGCCAACACCCAACUAUGUGAACCCAGCACUCCGACCAGACUCAAUCGUCUUCAUGGCCUACGUACUGGGACCCAUUACUCUACUUACAUCAAUCGGAAGGCUCUGGGUGAGGAUAUUCCACCAGAAGAGCGCGGGUGUGGACGAUUGGUUAAUGCUAGCGGCCAUUCCACUCGUCAUGAUAUUGACCGUCAUAUACCCUCUCUCGAACAAGCAAGCUUUUGACCGUCAUGUGUGGGACUUGGACUUGUUCGGCGAUACACAAAAGGUGGUUGUGGCGAGAAAGUACAUUUUGGCAACCGAAUGCCUCUUCUGUGGGGCAAGUGGGUUGAUCAAAGUUUCCAUCCUCCUCUUCUAUCGCCGGUUAUCGUCUCGUGUGGUGUCUACGGCCUUCUACUGGACGACCUGGAUGAGUAUCGGAUACAUUGUCGCUUACAGCGUUGCCCUGAUUAUCGCCCCCAUUGUCGGAUGCCAGCCCGUCUCCGCGUUCUGGGAUCAGUUCGAUAUUCUGAAGGUUGCGCAAGGGUACAAGUUUCACUGUUUCGACGAAGGCGCCGACGUUUUCGCCGCUAGCAUCAUCUCCGUGACACAAGACCUCCUCACUGCCAUGCUGCCCACGUUCCUGUACUGGAACCUCAGGAUCCCUAUCCGGCAAAAGCUGGCACUGUUUGGCAUCUUUGCCAUUGGUUACGGUGUCGUUGCGUUGGGUGCCAUGCGCGCUUACUACAGCUGGUACGCUUUCUACGAGACGUACGACGUUACUUGGGCAACAUGGAACAUUCUCUGGACGUCGCUUGCUGAGCUUCACAUUGGUUGCUUGUGCGCCAAUGCGCCAGCCCUCAAGGUCUUCUUCAAGUGGUUCUUCCAAGAAACGAUUGUUUUGCGGUCACGAUCCAAGACACCAGUCAACUCUGCCGGCCGUCCAAGCGAAUCAAAGGCCUCUACAAAAGACAGCAAGUCGACCAGUCUGUGGAGCAAGCUGACUCUAGGACUCGGAAGCGAAAGCGGAAGCGAGUUCUACAGCAUAAGAGAAUAUCAUGACACGCACAAUGGCGUGGCUGUCGACCCCCACGGAGGCGUCUACGUUCAAAAGGAGGUUCAAGUCAAGAACUCUCCAUCAAGCUCUGUGCAGGAUGUUCCCCUCGAAAGACCCGCUUCAGCCCUGACCACUGACAACAUGGUCGACCACUACUACGACGACAUUGAAAUGGGCCGCUUCACCACGCGCAACUCACUGGCUGGUAGCACCCGGUCACCAGAGGAGUCCGACGGCAGUGAGGUAGAAGCCGUUUCACAACGACCCAAGUCACCUAUCCUAUCGUCAGACCCUACUCCUAGGGACUUGGAAGAAGGCCUUGGCGCUCCAGCUAUGCAGCAAGUCACAGCCGUGCAGCAAGUGCCAAAGGCUUUCUUGUCCGUCGCCCCGCCAGUCGACCACGCUGCGCCCGAGAGAUCACCAACGCCUCUUCCAGCACGCACGCCGAGCCAGCAUCGACCCAGUUGGCAGACAUGGUCAUGA